AUGUCCCCGUUGUUCCCGGCGCGGGCUGAAUGGCUCCUCUGUGCCCCGGCAGUGGGUGGGCCGGGUGGCUCGGAGAGGCCGCAGGCACCCAGGGCCGGCCCCGGGGAGCCGGGCAGUGCCCGGCCACAGCCCCGUGUCCCCCCGCCAGCCGCUCCCACUCCUGUCCUGUUCCCCCUUCCCAGGCCGGCGACCCAGGGCCGCGAUCCCGGUGAUGCCAUAAACGCCGCGGUGCAGUGGGGAGGCUUUGGAAGCUUAUUCCAUGUCGGAGCAGCAUCGGUACCGCCGCCACGUGCCGCCCGCUCCCCUGGCACCUCGGUCAGCACAGGAGAGCAGAGGCACGGCCCAGCGCCAGCGGUGCCGGCAGAGGAAAAGGUGACCAGGAUGCUGUGGCAUGGGAAGCCUUGGAGGUCCAUGUGCAAGGGGCUGGUCCUGGGGACCCUCCUAACCAGCUUCAUGUUGCUGCUCUACUCCUACGCUGUCCCCCCACUGCAAGUCAGCGUCACUGAUAUCCCCAUCCCCGUCUCCUGCUCCUCCCACCUGUCCCCUGCCCAGGCUCCGUCCCUGUCCAAUGGCACGGGCAGCGCCUCGGGGUGGAGCUGCCGGCCCAAGCUCAACGUCAUGUUCAUGAAGACCCACAAGACCGCCAGCAGCACCAUCCUCAACAUCCUCUUUCGCUUUGGGGAGAAGCAUCGCCUGAAAUUUGCCUUCCCCAAUGGCCGCAAUGACUUCUACUACCCAUCCUUCUUUGAGCGCAGCCAGGUGCAGCACUACCGGCCCGGCGUGUGCUUCAACAUCAUCUGCAACCACAUGCGGUUCCACUACGAGGAGGUGCGCAAGCUCCUGCCACCGGACACCACCUUCGUGACAGUGCUGCGGGACCCCGCCUACCUCUUCGAGUCCUCCUUCCACUACUUCGGGCCAGUCAUCCCCCUCACUUGGAAGAUCACAGGGGAGGAUAAGCUGGACCAGUUCCUCCGGGACCCGCAGCACUACUAUGACCCCAACGGGUUCAAUGCUCACUACCUCCAAAACCUCCUGUUCUUUGACUUUGGCUACGACAGCAGCAUGGACGCCAACAGCCCGCUGGUGGAGGAGCACAUCCAGGAGAUCGACCGCCGCUUCCACCUCGUCAUGUUGCUCGAGUACUUUGAUGAGUCGCUGGUGCUGCUCAAGGACCUGCUGUGUUGGCAGCUGGAGGAUGUCCUCUACUUCAAGCUCAAUGCCCGCAAGGGCUCCACUGUGUCCCGGCUGACCCCGGAGCUGUACAAGCAGGCGACUGCCUGGAACCUCAUCGAUGCCAAGCUCUACCGCUACUUCAAUGCCACCUUUUGGCGCAAGGUGGAGGCUUAUGGGAGGGAGAGGAUGGCCAGGGACGUGGCCGAGCUGCAGAGGGAGAAUAAGAAGAUGACCAGCAUCUGCAUCGACGGGGGACACGCCGUGGAUGCCAGCGCCAUCCAGGAGUCCUCCAUGCAGCCCUGGCAGCCUCUGGGGGAGAAGACCAUCCUGGGGUACAACUUGAAGAAGAAAAUCAGCAAGAAGCACCAGAAGCUGUGCCGCAAGAUGCUGACGCCUGAAAUCCAGUACCUGACUGACCUGGGGGCCAACCUCUGGAUCACCAAGCUGUGGAGCUACGUGCGGGACUUCCUCAAGUGGUAG